GGGGUCGCAAGGAACCACUUCCGGGGGCGCGGUGCGGCGGCGCUGGAGAUUUCAUCUCAGAAAUCUUGUUGGCCCUCUCUUCAAAAUAUAUCUACAACCUGAGAAUUUACCACCUCUACUGCUACCUGGUGCAAAAGUUGGCUCUGGAGAGUGGUGAAUCGGAGGGGACCUCAGGCAGCAGGCAGCUGGGGCCAUGGCCUCCGACCUGGACUUCUCCCCUCCCGAGGUGCCUGAACCCACAUUCCUGGAGAACCUGCUGCGAUAUGGACUCUUCCUGGGGGCCAUCUUCCAGCUCAUCUGUGUACUGGCCAUCAUUGUACCCAUUCCCAAGUCCCACGAGGCGGAGGCAGAACCAUCUGAGCCCCGAAGUGCGGAGGUGACGAGGAAGCCCAAGGCCACUGCUCCUUCUGCAAACAAGAGACCCAAGAAGGAGGCCAAGAAGAAGCGGUAGAAGAGAUGGAGCCGGGCCAGGCCUCCCCUGUUUGUUUAGGUCAAGGUGCCAAAGCCACUGCAGUGCUAGGGGUCCUGCUAGUGCGACAGCCAGGCCUGAAAGAUGCCUGGAGUGAGAGCCAGUGGAAGACCCAGUCAGGGUGAUGCCCCAUCCUCCUCCAGCACAUGAAAGGGAUUUGGCUGAAUGAGUGUGUUUUCUUGGGCCCAGACUUCCUGAGCAUCUGAAAUGGGGGAGGCCAUUUCAAUCAAUCUCAGACCACCCUCUUCAGCCCAUCACAGCACACUCAACGUGUACCUUUUGGCUUCUGUCUGUGCCUCCUCCCAUACCCCCCAGUUCUUUCAGGCUCUGACCGGCGAGGAAAAGUCAUUUGGGGAAGUAAACGUUAAUAAACGGCCCCACACGCUGAGCCGCCUUUGUGUCACCUGCGCUGAGGGGGAGCGCUGGUCCCUCCCCUGCGGGGUGCGGGAAGGGCGCACCCCCAGAGAAGUGGGACAGUGGGGCCGGGGAUGGCCGGAGCGGGUGCCGUCUGGUCAGAGCAACUCCGGGACGAAUUUUAGGAAGGGUCCAGCCAACUGCUUCGUGUGGCCCUUAGUCACUGGAAAUGUGGUGAACAUCCAUGCGUGUGUCACAGUUUCCACCGGGGCCGGGCCCCUCUCAGUCCCUGGUUCCUGCUGCCUGAGGAAGACGCUGCUUGUCUUCAAAGCAGCUUGAGGAAAACUGAGUUGGAGACCUUACGUGGCAUGGGGUGGGUCACACAGGUCUUGUCACGUGCCCUGAAUCAGCCACCAAGGAGGAGCCUCAAUCUAUGGUACCUCUGAACGCCUGGCUGGUUUACGGUUUGCCGAACACUUUCCCAAAUGUUGUCACAACUGAUGAGGUGGAACUUAAGGGAUGAGCGUGUGUCAUCUCCCUUUUAGAGACAGGAGACUGAAGUCCUGACGACUUGAGAAUGCCAGAACUCGGAAUUGGGCCCAGCCCUUGACCCUUUUUUCGACAUUUAACAAACAUUCAGUGAGUGUCAGCAGGCUGGUGCUGUGAGGGGCCAGCCUGCCACGGAGGGCCUGGCAGGAUCCCAGCACCCCAGGUUUCAGGAGGAGCCCGGGGACUGGAGUGCCUGCACAACAAAGGGCCAGGCGCAGCCAGAUCCUAGCAGAAGAGGCUUCUGCUGAGUGUUUCUGUUCACAGACGUUUACUCAGAGUCUCUUAGAUGCCUUAUGCCAUGCUAGGGCAGGGGAUGCAGAAAUAAGGAGGCCUCCCAGAAGCCCAAAGUGAGCCUGGCCCAGUGGGAGACUGAGACAUGUACACAGCUUGGGUGUGGAGAGCUGUCCAGCGAGGGAGCAGUGGGUGGUGCUGUGGGAGCUGGGUGGGGGUCCCCAGCUUGGCCUUGAGGCAGGCAGCACAGCCGCCUGGCAGAGUAGAGUAACUGAGCUGAGUCUUAAGGGCCCAGCUGGAGUUGAGACCGGAGGGGAAUUAUGCUGGGAGAGUAGGGGCCAGACCUCUAGAGCAGACCCGUCCAGCUUCCGCGAGGGGAGACAGCUCUGGAAUCACAGGAGCAGGGCCGCCUCAGUGUGUCUGACUCCCUUAAAUUGUCUCCUGUAGAGGUUGUUUGCCAGAGAACGGCCCUAGGAAAGUAAAGGUGGUCACCCUCUGCUCCGCCAACCCCUCACUCCACACUUGCUUUGGACAGAGUUUGCAGCAUUUGGCGCUCCUGGCUUCCAGGACCCCACCCUCGCCUGGUUUUCCUCCUACAUCACUGGUUCCUCCUCAUCAAAGGGGGCCCAGGUCUCAGUCCUUGAUCUCUCUGCCCGCACUCCCUGGGAGAUCUCAUCCAGGCUCAUGGCUUUAAAUACCACCAACAUGCCUAUGUCUCCCAAAGAAAUCCCACCAGACCCCUCUCCUAAACUCCAGACUCAUAUAUAUCUGACUUCCUACUCGGUGUCUCCAUUUGGAUACCCAACAGGCAUCUCAAAGUAAAGUCCUGACACCAGCAGCCCCAAGUCUGAUUUUUGUGGUCUUCCCCUGCUUUUUAAAAAAAUUUUAUUUAUUUAUUUAUUUUUGGCUGCAUUGGGUCUUCGUUGCUGCAUGUGAACUUUUCUCUAGUUGCGGCGAGUGGAGGCUACUCUUCAUUGUGCGCGGGCUUCUCAUUGCGGUGGCUUCUCUUGUUGCGGAGCACAGGCUCUAGACACGCGAGCUUCAGUAGUUGUGGCAUGUGGGCUCUAGAGUGCAGGCUCAGUAGUUUUGGUGCACGGGUUGCUCCGCGGCAUGUGGGAUCUUCCCAGACCAGGGAUUGAACUCAUGUCCUCUGCAUUGGCAGGCGGAUUCUUAACCACUGCGCCACCAGGGACAUCCCAGGUCUUCCCCUUCUUAAAGGGCAUCUUAAUCCUUUCAGUUGUUAGGCCAAAAGCCUUGGAGUCAUUCUUGACUCCCCUCUUUCUGUGACACUCCACUUUUGAUCCUUAAGUGGUUCCUUGCAACUUGGCCUUCAAAAUCCAGAAUGAGACCCAUCUUACCACUUCUCUCUACUACCAUGGUCCAGCCACCAUCAUCUCAUGGAUAUUGCAGCAGCCUGCUCAUGGUUAGUCUGUUCUAGACACAGCAGCCAGGGGCAUCCUUAAAACCCAUAAGAUCACAUCCCUCACCUGAUCCCAUCUCACUCAGGUAAAGGUCAAAGUCUUCACUGGGACCCAUAAAGGCCUGUAAGAGCCAUUUUACCUUCUUCACCUGUCUGAUCUCGUGAGAGACCACUCCCCGCCUUGCCCACUCUACUGCAUCCUCAUUGAUCUCCAUCUUCCUCAGGGAAGUCUGGCAAGCCCUGCCUCAGGGCCUUUGAACUUGCUGUCCUUUAGAUACUGUGCCUCAUGUGGUGGACAGAAUAAUGGCUUCCUCAAAGAUGUCCGCAUCCUAAUCCCCAGGACCUGUGACUGUGUCACCUUACAUGGCAAAAGGGACUUUGCAGGUGUGAUUAAGGAUUUUGAGAUGGGGAGAUUAUUUUGGAUUAUCCAGGUGGGCCCAGCAUAAUCACAAGGGUCUUUAUAAGGAAAAGAAGGAGGGAGGAAAGUCAAAGAGAAGGAGAUGUGAUAAGGGAGACGGAGGUUGGAAUGAUGUGGGUCCAUGAGUCGAGGAAUGUGGGCAGCCUCCAGAAGCGGCAAAGGCAAGGCAUGAGCUCUCCCCUGGAGCCUCCAGAAGAACGCAGCUCCGCCAACACCUUGAUUUCAGCCCAGUGAGACCCAUUUUGGACUCCUGACCUCAAGAAACGUGAAAUACUACAUUUGUGUUGUUUUAAGCCUCCAAGUUUGCGGUAAUUCGCUACAGCAGCAAGAGGAAAUGAAAACACCUCACCACCCUCAGAACAUCACUCAGGGAAACCUCUGGCCACCCAAUUUGACAUUCUAACCUUUUGGGACUUCCCUGGUGGUCCGGUGGUCCGCUCCCAGUGCAGGGGUGCCCGGGUUCGAUCCCUGGUCAGGGGACUAGAUCCCACAUGCGGCAACUAAGAGUUCGCAUGCGGCAACUUAAAAAUCCCGCAAGCCGCAACUAAGACCUGGCACAGCCAAAUAAAUAAAUCUUUAAAAAAAUUACUAAAUAAAAUUCUAAACUUUCCCCAAAACUUCUUAUCCCUCACCCUUUAUUUUUUCUCCUUAGUAUUUACCACCAUUUAACAUACGUAUUUUACUUACUUUAUUUAUUGUCUUAUACCCCAACUGGGAUGUUAACUCCAAGAAGAAAGGAAUUUUAUUGCUGUUGUUGCUUAUAGAUGAAUCCGCGAGGCUAGAAAAUUGCAUGGCACAUAGCAGCUGCUCAGUAAAUAUCUGCAGCACAGGUGAUAGUAGGAGAAGCUGGCCUGCCCUGACAAUACAGCUUAGAGAAUAAACAUUACGUGUGCCCAGACACUUUACACGUCUGAUAUCAGUACAUACUCACAACAGCUCCACGAGGUUGUAGCAUUA